AUGUUGCCAGAUAUCUCCGCGGAGUCAGAACUGGGUGGACUGCUGCAUCAGCACUUGAGUGAGUUGGACAAGAGCCUUGCAACUCUAACUAGAUCCUGUGGCGGGGAUGAGAGCGUUGAGCCACAUGUGUCCGCCACGUUGAAGACCGUGUCGCCGUCGUGGAGCUCCGAUGUUCUGGAGUGUCUUCCGCCACCACCCUCACCACCUCCUCGCCAGCCAAAGAUAUCAGCAAUCAACGUGAAUGCUGAUGACGCUGGCUUUUCAGAUGUACCUGUGAGAAGUGGAAUGGAAAUCGUUGCAGACGACAUGGAGCCUUCGCAGAGUGUGCGAGAUGCGCGAUCGGCUCAUGCUCCGGGAGUUCUGGAAACUUUGCUUCAGGGCAUCGAGGCCAAAAAGCUCAGCACUGACGAGGCACUAAACAGCCUCGAGAGAGCAUGUCGGACGGAAGUGCUUCCGUUGGAACAAAGCCAGGAAGAAGGCCCAGCACCACCCGCGCUUAAAAGCUCUUCGCAUUGUCGCCAGUGCGGAGUUCUGGGUUUGCAAGUCCGCGCUUUGUGCCAGUCUUUGGCUGGCCUCGCAGCACGCACAAUCCAAUGGGGGUCACAUCUCUCACACAGACGUCAGUUGGAUUUGGUAGAUUUGGUUCUCAUGUACCUCCGACCUCUGGAGCACCUUGACAAACAGUUGGAAGCUCUGUGUGAAGAGCUCGCUGAGCGCAACCUGCAGCUCGCCGGAGAGCCCGCUCUCGCACAAGCCCCGGUCGCCUCCACGACCCUACCGGAGGCUGCCAUUGAGCAUCUUGAAGACUGGCGAGCAGAAGCAGGUGACAGUCCGCUGGCAACGGUACUCAGAUCUCCGCAGUUCUUGGCAAUGAACCUGUCGGUGGAUGCACUCAGACCGCAAGCAUCCACCGACAAAGACCGCCAGGGCACGACCAGGAUCCCGGAAGUUGUCCACGAGCAGCAUCUGCAGGUUUCUGACAAGGCUUCGUCGCAGCGGACGGCGGCCAAAGCGGGCAGCCUGUCCUUCUCGAGCCGCCGAAGCCUUCCUCAAAGUGGGAAGGCGGUCUUCGCUCAGGAACCACGUCAAAGCGCGGCUCGAGGAUUCGCGUGGAGAGAGCGCUCGGACUCUGUCGAGCUGAACGAGGCAUGUCGCAGUGGAGUGGCUGACAGUGGCAGCAUUCUCGGGUUGAGGCCAGCAUCACUGCAGCACCGAAGCAAUAUCGGCGAACAGUCGAAGCUGAGUGACAACUCCGAGAAACGUCAGACAUCCGAGUUGCGUUGCCUGCAGCAGUGGCAGCAUGGCACUGGGAGCCACAUGCUCCUCUACACUUCCUGCCUAAAUCGCGACUUGCGCUCGGCUGUCAAGUAUGGCCUUCGGUUCAGGCUACCUAGGGGAUUGCGGCCGGUAGCGCUUGGGGUAGGCGCAAGCGCUUUCGCCUUCAAGAAGGAUACUCGAUCAGAUUGUCAGAGCCUUCUUGUCGAGGGCUCAUCUGCUGCUGGUCGUGGAAAUGGCAAGAUCUCAGCGAUCCGGCCGCCUCGAACGCGGCUGUCUAGAUUCUGGCAUUCUGUGAAGGUCAUGCUGCGCUGCCUGGAAGUAGUCCUUCGUGCUGUUCCAUUGGCGGCACUGGCGCCGUGGUGUUGGCUGUCCUGGCAGUGGGGUGGUGAGAGGCUCAUGUGGAGACUGAUCUUGGCAGCUCUGCAGGCUGAAGGACCCAUAGCAAUCAAGUUUGCUCAGUGGGCAUCGACCAGACCGGACAUUUUGCCUGGACGUGUCUGCGACAACCUCUCUCCGUUGCAGGCGAAUGUCAAGCCACAUAGCUUCAAUCAGACGAAGAGGAUUCUUACAAAGACCUUCGGGCCAACCUGGGAGGGCUCGCUGCAGCUGGACUCAGAGCCCCUGGGCUCAGGCUGCAUGGCGCAGGUCUACAAAGGACGCUUAAACGGUCCCCUCUCGUGCAGAGAUGAGAAGGCCAUACCUCGGUCCCGUGAUGUGGCAGUCAAGGUGCUUCAUCCAGGUGCUCAGGACAAAGUGGAUCUUGAUCUGGAGGUGAUGUGGCUCCUUGUUGGACUCAUCGAGGCGGCAUGGCCACAGUCGCGCUACCUUGCUCUGUCAGAGGCAGUCACGCACUUUGAGGCCUUUGUUCGACCCCAGGCAGAUCUGCGAAUCGAGGCCGACAACUUGGACGUUUUCAACAAGAACUUCCCCUACCGUCGCACGGGCAGAGGACACCGAGUCAGAUUCCCUGAGGUCGUGCGGCCGUAUGUAACCAAAGAGUUGCUAGUGGAGUCAUUGGAGGAUGGUAUCCCAUUGCAAGCUGUCCUUGGACAGGCAUAUAGGGCGAAUCGAGAUUGCACAGUGACACCAGGAGCAAUGCUCAAUGUGCCAGUGGAAGAACUCCGUGAGGAAGUGGGAGGACUGUGUAUGGAUGUGUUCCUCCAAAUGCUGUUCAAGGAUAACUUCAUCCAUGCCGAUCUUCAUCCCGGAAACAUUCAUUUCCAGAGACGUCGGGCUGGUACAGACUCCGGCCAUGUUUUGCGGUCAGAGCUUGUGAUUUUGGAUGCUGGCUUGGCUGUGCAAAUGUCUGCGCAGGACCGACGGAAUUUCACGGACGUUUUCUACGCGCUUACUACAAACGAUGGCAGGCGGGCUGCACAACUGAUGGUUGAGCGAACACCCGGCGAUCGCUCCCUCGUGCGAGAUGAGGCGGGAUUUGUUGCAGAGGUUGGCAGUCUUGUGAGCGAAGUCUGUGGCAAGGGCUUUGCUCUUGGGAAGGUGCGCUUGGGGGAGUGCUUUGGGCAACUGCUGUCGUUCGCUUGUGAGCAUCGAGUGAAGUUGGAAACCAGCUUUGUCACAGUCGCGACAAGCAUCAUCGUGCUCGAGGGCGUCGGACGGCAGCUGAGUCCCAUCGUGGACCUUGCGGCUGCAGCUAGGCCAAUGCUUGCCGAAGCAAUUGCAAACCGAUGGAACGGCUGA